AUGGCGUCAAGGAGCCUCAGCCUCGGCUUUCUCAGCGAGGCCAUGGCGGCCAUCAGGGCCUCGGCGGCACUGACGUCCAACUUCAUGAACGAAAUGGCCGUCUCCACGCCCGUAUCGGUGCCCCUUGCCACUGCACAGGUCAAGCGCCCUACACGUGUACGGGUAGAACAUCCGGUGCGCGAGGCGCGCUCUUCCGUGGUGCAGUCGUGGAACCCAGUCUCGACCGUGCCCGUCACCAUCCACAAUUUCCCUUCCCUCGAGCCUCUCCACCUCGAGCGGUGGUCAGUCCAACACCUCUACCUCCCCCUCCGGCGCGACAUCCUCCACCACGCCGUCGUCUACGAGGGCGACAAGACGCGCCAGGGCUCCGCCUCGUCCAAGACGCGCUGGGAGGUGCACGGCUCCCACCGCAAGAUGUACGCGCAAAAGGGCACCGGCCGCGCCCGCCGCGGCGACAAACAGAGCCCGCUGUUGCGUGGCGGCGGCAAGAGCUUCGGACCCCGCCCGCGCGACUUUAGCUCAAAACUCAACCGCAAGGUCUACGACAAGGCCUGGCGCACCGCCCUGAGCCACCGCUACCGCCAGGGCGAGCUCAUAAUCUGCAGCAACGGCAUGGAGCUGAACCCGCCCCGGGACUUUCUCAUGGCCGCCGACAAAUUGCAUCUCAAGGACGGCCUGCGCGAGGCGUACCUCGAGAAAUACAUGAAGGGUCUCAUGGACCGGCUGUGCCUCGGACGGGACUACGGCCGCACCCUGUUUGUCACCAGCAAGCGCCGCGACCUGCUCUUCGAGGCCAUGGAGCUAGUGCCGUCCGAGGGUAUGGCGCUCGACAUGGACGACGUGGACGUCAAGGACCUGCUCCAGACGGGCAGGGUCAUCAUGGAGCGGGGCGUGCUCGAGGAGCUGCUGCGGCGCCAUCAGAGCGACCUCGUGAGCAGCGUCGUCGUCAAUGGCCUGGUGCAGCCCGCCCCGGCGAUGGGUGAGAGGGUUUUGUGGCAGUAA